AUUCUCGUAGUAGGGCCCAAGGUGGGCCCAAUACACGCGUCCAAAGUAAAUGAUCCCAUUAAUACCUGACAGCAGCACGAGGACUAUCAGUGCACGGCCCAGCCCAACUUGGUAGAAGAAAGUCACAUAUACCUUUCUUCACACAUGACCAAGUGCUAAAUUCAACACAAUACAACACUGUAUAACGCAUUAAACAAACCUAAUCACUACUUUUCCCUAUUGCGUUGCAUUGUAUUGCGUGGAACUUAAUUUUCCCACACAUUCUCACAUCACACUCAUGGCUUCCAAUUUCUCUUUCCUAACCCUUCUCAUGGAGAGAAGAAAACCACCCAAAAACAGCACUAACACCAACACCAACACCAAUGACUUAUCCUUUGUAAAGGCUGCUGCAUGGGCGUGGUACCAACACAACUCGGGCUCUAAGGGCAAGACCAUAACCGAGUUUCAUGCCACAGUAACUCGGCAUGAGCCAAGGCCUUCGCGUUACAGGUUAGAAGCAAUGAGAACGGCCAUGGAAGCACGUGAAGGGUUCCCAAAUCUUCAUGCAAAGAAGCUUUCCCUUCUUGACGAAUAUGAAGUGCAAAGCAUUUCAAGGCAACUUAAUAGUCUUGUGGAGGAUUCUAAUCAGAAACCUUUCAUCGGUGCAGACAAUAACUCUACAAAUGGAAGAACGCAGACGAAGAAGAAGAAGAAGAAGAAGGUUAGAAAAGGGUUUUGGCUAAGGCAUGGAGUUGUUUGUGGAGGAGAGAAAGAUGUGGUGGAUCCUAUUGCUGUCGGGGUUUCUCGUCGUUGACUACCGACAAAGCAUGUACAUGCGGUUAACGAGAAUAGAGUGUGGUUGUAAGUACGGGAGCAAUAACUUCACAAUGAAUUCCAUUUUUAUUUUAUUGUACAUGAUCGAGAGUAUACUGAAUUAUGUAAUGUAUGAAUGCGAAAAGUAACAACUCGUAUUUAUUACAUAGAAUAUCAUAAUUGGCUAUAAUGUGAUGUAUAUUAUAAUGUGCUAUAUAUAAUUACACCGAAUUAAAUACUAUGUGAAAUAUUUUGUAAUUUAGGAUUUUUAAUUUUA